GCCAGGCUUCGAGAAAUUUCUAGUCAGGCCCGUCAAACGUUAUGGAAAUCCAAUCUGCCACGACGACGACGACGACGUGUUCCAAUCGCGGACCGGGCGAACAGGAAUUGGGCUUUCGCCGAGUGAGCAUGCCGGCUGUAGCCAGGCUACUCCUGCAAACAUGUAUAUUGACAUCUCUCCAUCUGUGUCUGCUCGUCCUACGGCUGUAUGACCGCCUGGAACGCUUCAUCAAGCUCAACAUACGUUCGCGCCGUCGCCUUGCACAAAGGCCGCUGCAAGACUCCUCUCUCUCGUCGCAUAAAGUUGCGCCAAGACUACGGGAGAAGCUACCGCGCGUACUCGCUAUCAAUGCAGUGAUACCCAGCGGGUCAGCAACGGGUCUGCGGCCCGACACGUUGGUGCAACUCGAGCAGCUUGUGCAAUGGUGUGCCUCUUCAAGCGUUGAGCAUCUCUUGCUCUACGACAGGCAAGGCUGCCUCAGACAGAAUGCAGCAGCCAUUUGCAAAGCGCUUGCUCGCAACGCGACAGUAGCAGACUGUACUCGGCCAGAGGCGCGACAUCGCACCUUCGACGUUCAGCUACAGCGACAAAAGAUCAGGAUCAGCAUGCUAGAUGCGCAAGAUGGCAGAGCGCACAUUGCCCGUGUUGGACAAGUCCUCGCGAGCGCGGUCAGGCAGGGCUACCUCGCGCCAAAAGAGAUAGAUAUCGCUCUGCUCGACGACAAACUGAUAGACUCACUCGUGCCAGCGCCAGAUCUGAUGAUCGUCCUCGGUGGGACUUACUGUAGGCUGCAUGGCUUCCCACCAUGGCACCUACGUCUCACAGAAUUCUAUCAUGUGCCCAGUCCACUUUGGUCAUGGAAUUCCACGCCUACGCAAUUAUCUCGGGCGCAUUUCGAGCAAGCAUUAGAUCUGUACAGCGACUGUGAAAUGAGACAGGGGAAAUAGACACGCAGACCAGCAGCGACAGUGUAUGUUUCCAACUCGAUGCAUUCAUGUACUCUGUCUAGAUCGUUUGGUGACCUGCUUGUUCAUCAGCGUAAUCCCCGACAAGAACGGCCUUAGCGAA